CGAGGGGGAAGGCUGGCCGAGGGUUUCCUGUUGUAACGACGCGGUGGCUGUUGUCAGUGCCUGUGGUGUGGCUCACACUCUGCUGCGACCUGGACCUGCACGCAGUCCUGUGGAGCCCUCGCAGUGACCCUGAGGCGUGGUGGGGGGUCUUCUCUGGUCGACCCACGAAAUUAUGGAGAGAUGUCAGCCUUUGGAAAGCCCUUCCUGCAACCGCUGCUGCAGCUGAAGUGUUCUAUAAGCUAGGAAGGAUGUUUGUUCCAAGGUCGCUCAAAGUCAAGAAGCAUGCCAAUGAUGACAGCAGAGGUGGUGUAGCUAAGAAGGCGAAACCGGAAACAGAAGCCCCUCCUCUGGAGAGAGACGGAGAUGCCCCUUUGGAGGCCUUGGGUACUGGAGAAGCUGUGGCACCCACCCAGCCCAGCAGUGAGCCAUGCCCCAUGCCCAGUUUGGUUGGCCAGUCGGCCGAGGUAUGUUUGGAAGGACCACAUCCGGGUACAAAGGACAGCCACCCUGCAGAUGAGCCUGUGAAGUCAUUUUCCAAAACCCAGCGCUGGGCAGAACCUGGGGAGCCCGUGUGUGUGGUGUGUGGUCGGUAUGGAGAGUACAUCUGUGAUAAGACAGACGAAGACGUGUGCAGCCUAGAGUGUAAAGCGAAACACCUUCUCCGAGUGAAAGGCAUGGGGGAACCAGGAGAGGCAAGUGGUCCCCAUCAGGCAGGCCCUGAGCUCGCCUCGGCACCCCACACUGCCUAUGCCUACAGAGAGCACCCCUUCAUUGCCAGUCUCCACGAGGGCCAGGUGGCGAACCUGAAACAGCAGCUGGGCAUCGUCGUCCAUGGGCACAAGGUGCCCAGGCCCAUCAUCGAGUUCGAGCAUUGCGGUUUCCCUGAGGCCUUGAAUCACAACCUGAAGCGGGCAGGCUAUGAGGUGCCAACCCCCAUCCAGAUGCAGAUGAUGCCCGUGGGCCUGCUGGGCAGAGACAUUCUGGCCAGCGCGGACACGGGUUCUGGGAAAACGGCAGCCUUCCUGCUCCCCGUGAUCAUGCGUGCUCUGUGCGAGAGCACAUCUCCUUGUGCCCUCAUUCUCACGCCAACAAGAGAGUUAGCCAUUCAGAUUGAGAAACAAGCCAAAGAACUGAUGAACGGCCUGCCUCGCAUGAAGACCGUCCUGCUUGUGGGGGGCCUGCCCCUGCCCCCUCAGCUGUACCGCCUGCGACAGCAUGUUAAGGUUAUCAUAGCAACUCCUGGGCGACUUCUGGAUAUAAUAAAACAGAACUCUGUAGAACUCCAUGGUAUAAAAAUCGUAGUCAUAGAUGAAGCUGAUACCAUGUUAAAGAUGGGCUUUCAGCAACAAGUGCUUGACAUUUUGGAAAGCGUUCCUGGUGACUGUCAGACCAUUUUGGUUUCAGCCACAAUUCCAGCUAGCAUCGAGCAGCUUUCGAACCAGCUGCUGCAAGACCCUGUGAGAGUCACCGCUGGAGAGAAGAGCGUGCCCUGUGCCAGCGUGCGGCAGAUUGUCCUGUGGGUAGAAGACCCUGCCAAAAAGAGGAAGCUGUUUGAAGUCUUGAACGACAGAAAGCUCUUUAAGCCCCCGGUGCUGGUGUUUGUUGACUGCAAGCUUGGAGCAGAUCUGUUGAGCGAGGCCGUGCAGAAGAUCACUGGCCUCAAGAGUGUGUCCAUGCACUCAGAGAAGUCGCAGAUGGAGAGGAAGAACAUACUGCAGGGGCUGCUUGAAGGCAACUAUGACGUUGUGGUGAGCACGGGCGUCCUGGGACGAGGCCUGGACUUGGUUAGCGUGCGGCUGGUCGUCAACUUCGACAUGCCCUCGAGCAUGGAUGAGUACGUGCAUCAGGUUGGAAGAGUGGGAAGGUUAGGUCAACAGGGAACAGCCAUCACCUUCAUCAAUAACAAUUCAAAACGCCUCUUUUGGGACGUGGUAAAAAGAGUGAAGCCCACAGGAUCCCUUCUGCCGCCGCAGCUGCUGAACUCGCCCUACCUUCACGAGCAGAGGCGGAAGGAGCAGCAGCGAGAGAAGCAAACGCAGGGCGACCUGGUGACCGAGGCCAAUCUCAUGGCCAUCAUCCGGAAGCACGACAGGAGUAACGCACAGAAAUGACCGGGGAGGGAGACCUGCUGCUUGGGGUCUCCCAUUUGUGUGUUUGCUGGGACAUUGACUGCCCUUGGUUACUGUGUGUGGCUGGAGUAAAUGAGAAUGUACUUGAACCCAAAACCUUUAAGAUAUGAUUUUUUUAAAAAGAGAUUUUUACACAAUUUAUAUAGGAAUAUUAUGUAUUUCCUUUUUCCAGUACCAUAAACUAAAAAAAAAAAAAACACAAGUGGGGAAAUAGAAUAUUUUCUCAUCCGGACGAAGAUGUGUUAUGUUUUGCAUCAUUUGGUUUUUAUUUAUUUAUUUUUUGAACCUUA